AGAUGGCUGGAGACGGCAGCAUGAACAUUUCUGCAUUGUUAGAUGCUUUGCCAAAUUCUGACGAUCCACUGAAAACGUUGAUACAGAUAAAAACCGUCCUUUUUGCAGUCCACCCUUCAGCACUUCGUGAUGUUGUCCCAAACGUGUCAUUUAGCUCAGUUUUUGACUGUUUAAACUCCUCCAACAGUGAAGAGGUUCAGACAUGUUGUGACAUAUUGGGAAGACUCUUGGAAGCCCUCCAGACACAGGCCUUGCUAAUUAAUUUUAAUGAAGAAUUACUGAGAGGUUUGGAGAAUCCAAAACAGCCUGUUAGGGAGGUCUGCUUAAAACAGGUUCAGAGAGCUGCUGAGGAAAACCCCUCAGAGUUGAUGACAUAUUCUGACAUCUUGCUAGUCAUUAUCAAACAGCUGGGAGAUAAAAGUAUUGGAGUCGCCAAGGCUGCUGGAAAGGUGCUGAUAAAUCUAGGUAGAAAUAUAAGUUGCCUACAAGGUCUGUCACAGGGUGUUAUGCUGGAGAAACUCCGCAAUGUGAUGGAACAAGAUGACAUAACUAGGUAUAGGGUACAUGAGGUGUUCAUAGAGAUCUCCCAGAACUCCCCGGAGGCCUUGUUGAUGUGCUCAAGCAAUGGCUUCUUGCAGCCACUGAUCAAUGACAUGUAUAAAGAUGACAUCUUGGUUCAGCUGAACUGUAUUGAAAUGCUGUCACAGCUAGCAAUGUGUCAACAUGGUCUGUUGUAUCUGGACCAGCAAGGGGUCCUGGGAAAAUUAGAGACCAUGAUGGGAAAUAUUGAGUCUGACCCAAUGAUGGGACUUCUGCUUCCUGGUCUCAUCAAAUUCUUUGGCAGUGUUGCCUUCCUUCACCCUAAAGAGAUCAUGACCAAGUACAAGACUUUUGUGAACAUGGUGUUUUCUUAUCUGGAGUGCCAGGAUGUGACUCUGAGGGGCGUGGCCGUCCAGACCCUGGGGUUUAUAGGAAGCACUGCAGAGGGAAAGUUGACUUUUGAUAAAAUGGGGCCAGUGGUUCCAGCAGCAGUAGAGAGAAUUGGAAAGCUAGUCAAGGAACCUCCAUCAGAACAGAGAGUGAUAGCACUAAACAGUGUGGCAAACCUACUGAAACUGAAGGUACCAGACCAAACUGAAGAGUUACUCAAUCUCACAGAAUCUUGGUUCAGAAGAAUCGCUCCAAAGCCCAUGGAGGUUCUUCACAAUAUCACCCUGCAGCCUUUCACCGAGCUUAAGACUGCAGCAUUGAAUGUUUACACUGUCGUGGCCGCCCAACCUUGGGGACAGCAUAUGUUUAAGGAACACCCUGGGUUUACAGAGUACCUCCUGGACCGAUCAACAGAAACGACAAAGGAAGGAAAAGAUGGAAAAUUUGAGAUUGUUAAAACUCUUGUUGAAUCUCCUACGGCUGUGGAGAUAUUUGGUCAGCCAUAUUUCUUACGUCUUCGAACUUACCACAAGGAAGGGCCUUAUUAUGUAAGGACUGAGUCUUCAGUGGCUUCGGAAGGAGACAACUAGCUUUAUUGAACUGCUUUCCAUUAUC